GCGCUGCCCGCCGGGAGGGGCUGGAGUCCGUGUUCCUCCUCCCUACCGGUCCCCAUCCUUAAAGCACGAGUCCGGACGCCCCGCCUGUUGGAAAGGGCGCAGGGAUCUGGACGGCUAGCAGGCGGGGCAGACCCGGGCCGGCCGAGGAAAGUUUGAGGCGACAGAGCUGCUGCAGCUGGCUCGCGAGCGUCUCGGCCCUGACCGAGUGUUUGUGGGGGCUUUGAGGGAAGGGGUCCCGGGCGCCAUUGCUGGAGGUCGGAACGCCGCCUGGUCCUAGUCUGCCCUCAGCUGCUGUCCUCCGGCUGGGAGCUGUAGCUCCAGGCCGUCGCCAGUCCCUGGCUCAGGCUCGAGAACUGAGGGCCUCGGUCGCCGGCCGAAGCUCUGUCCACUGCCCGCGCUGGGCAGCCCGGGCCAAGACCAUGUUUGACAAGACGCGGCUGCCGUACGUGGCCCUCGAUGUGCUCUGCGUGGUGCUGGCUUCCAUGCCUAUGGCUGUUCUAAAAUUGGGCCAAAUAGAUCCAUUUCAGAGAGGCUUUUUCUGUAAAGACAACAGCAUCACGUAUCCGUACCAUGACAGUACCGUCACAACCACUGUCCUCAUCCUAGUAGGGGUUGGCUUGCCCAUUUCCUCAAUGAUUUUUGGAGAAACUCUGUCUGUUUACUUUAACCUCUUGCACUCAAAUUCCUUUGUCAGGAAUAACUACAUAGCCACUAUUUACAAAGCCAUUGGAACAUUUUUAUUUGGUGCAGCUGCUAGCCAGUCUCUGACUGACAUCGCAAAGUAUUCAAUAGGCAGACUGCGGCCUCAUUUCUUGGAUGUGUGUGACCCAGACUGGUCAAAAAUCAACUGCAGUGAUGGUUACAUUGAAAACUACAUAUGUCGAGGGAAUGCAGAAAAAGUUAAGGAAGGCAGGUUGUCCUUCUACUCAGGCCACUCUUCGUUCUCCAUGUACUGCAUGCUAUUUCUAGCACUUUAUCUUCAAGCCAGGAUGAAAGGAGACUGGGCAAGACUCUUACGCCCCACACUGCAAUUUGGUCUUGUUGCUGCAUCCAUUUAUGUGGGCCUUUCUCGAGUUUCUGAUUACAAACACCACUGGAGCGAUGUGUUGACUGGACUCAUUCAAGGAGCACUGGUUGCAAUAUUAGUUGCUGUAUAUGUAUCAGAUUUCUUCAAAGAAAGACGUUCUCCUUUUAAAGAAAGGAAAGAGGAGGACUCCCAUACAACUCUGCAUGAAACACCAACAGCUGGGAAUCACUAUCGGAACAAUCACCAGCCUUGAAGGGCUGCAUGGUGCCCAGGUGAAGCUGGCCUGCUUUCUUGCUACCAGAAGGCAAGAGGAAGCCUUUCUUCCCAGUGUACAGGCCUUAAAGGACUGCUGCUGCUGCUAUGCCUCUUGGAUGCCCACUUUAUCUGUGUGUAUAUAGUUACAUUUAACGUAAUGGUUAUCUAAUAGCUCUAAGUUCAUUAAACAAUUUCAAGCCUACCACCGAAACAGUGCCCCUCCUGUACAUUUUUUAAUUAAAAAAAAUGUAAUGCUUAUGUAUAGAUGUGUAUGUAAUAUGCUUUCAUAGAAUGAUGUUUAAUUGAAAUACAAUACACAUUGAAAUGUUGGAGGAUAACUGCCUUGAGAUGAGAGAAGCAAAUCAACACUUGUAGCCAGUUGUAGUCAACUGUAAUCACACAGGUGGUGAAUAAUUUAAGAUACCACAUUCCUUUAGCUGACACUUCAUAAGUAGAGGCUGGCAGCAAACACAAUAUCUCUCUUGAUUUUGGUGAUUCCUAAGAGAAAAGAAGAUAAAGUUUUAUCCUUUUAAGACCACAAAACACCUACUUCUCUCUCCUGGGGUUGUAAAGUAAAGAUAGCACAACAAUCCUGAUUAAAUGGAUUAAGGAGAGCAGGAUGGAAAAUAAAGAACUUUGUUGGACACCACACUUAGAAACCAGACUCCUGUUCUUCUGAUUCUGAAGUACCCCAGGGGAUAGGGAUGGUGAUGUCUAAAACUAUUCAGAAAAACAAAUUCUGGGAAGGACUAAACUGUUAAAAGAAGUUUAUCCAAAAGCAUGGAAUUUCAGCCUACAUCAAUGUAUUUCCAGUUACUAUAUGAAACUGUUUCUGGACUAAGGCAGUAAAGGUUUUAUUUAUGAGUUAUUUAAAAAAAUUUUCAUAUCUA